UGCACGCGUAUCGCUAGGCGGGACGGAUGGCUGGUCAAAUACUCUUUUUGGCUGCUUACUGCAAUUUGUAAAACGGUUGUCCGCUCGAAAACCAGUGUAUUUUAUAUUGAAUUAUACGUAACUUUAUGACUAGGGAAAUCUAAGCUUUGUAGGUUUAAAAAAAAGCUUUGGGAAUUUUGUAAUUCUACUUCGCUGUAGACUAUGACCUUACAGCAGAUGUGGCACUUUCAGACUAGCUAGCUAUAUUUGCUUCAUUUAGCGAGCUAGGUUUCCAAGUGCUUAAUGUGAAGCUUGUGAGAAUUCUCAUAAACUAGCUACCUUGUAGUUUCCGGAUUUAUUCAAGUAGACAGUAAUAUUUGCUGUUUAAACGAGCUGGAUUUUGUCCGAUGGAUUUAUGACUGAACGGUGUAUUUUACAGAAUUCACACUUCAACUUGGGUGGAAGAUGGCCAGUAUUUUAUUGAAUGGCCAAAAUUUAGACCAGAAACUUCAGAUAUGUUCAGAGACCUCAUCAGUUAAUAUACAGACAUGGGGCAAGUUUGUGGAGCCUGUUAAAACCUCAGGGAAAUCUGCAACCUCUGGUCCUGCACUUGAGAAGAACAUGGGGCCUCUAACAACACCCACAAAGGGCCCGGAUGCAUCAGGAGAGCCCUGGACCCCCACCUCCAACUUGAAAAUGCUCAUCAGUGCAGCCAGCCCAGAGAUCCGCAACCGUGAAAAAGAGAGGACUGCAGACAUCACAGAACCAGAGGAGGGAGAGCGCUCUACUCAGGAGCCCGAGCAAAGUGAGGAGGCUGAGAAGUUGCAGCUCAGCCGGAAGGAGAAGAGUCUUGGGCUACUCUGCAACAAGUUCCUGGCUCGCUAUCCAGACUACCCAAACCCUGCCAUUAACAAUGACAUCUGUCUUGAUGACGUCGCUACUGAACUAAACGUAGAACGACGUCGCAUUUAUGACAUUAUGAACGUUCUGGAAAGCUUGAACAUGGUCAGCCGAUUGGCCAAGAACCGCUACACAUGGCAUGGACGUUGCAAGCUGCCACAGACUCUAGCAACCCUGCAGCAAGCAGGUGAGGAGCACCGCUACAGUCAACAGAUCCAGCAACUCCGGCAAAGAAGCCUGGAACAGGAGUUUGAGCUGGAUGGAGAGGAAAAGGAGAAUGAGGAGGCAGAUGGAGAGCUCAGCCAGAAGGAACUGAGCUUCACCGAGCUUACAGUGGACUCUAAAGGAGCCAGCAGCCGGAAGGAUAAGUCUCUGCGUGUGAUGAGUCAGAAGUUUGUCAUGCUUUUCCUGAUAUCAAACCCUCGCAUCGUCAGCCUGGAGAUUGCUGCCAAAAUCCUCAUUGGAGAGGAUCAGGUUGUGGACCAGGAUAAGAGCAAGUUUAAGACUAAGAUCCGUCGCCUGUAUGACAUUGCAAAUGUCCUGAGCAGCCUGGAACUGAUUAAGAAGGUACAUGUGACGGAAGAGCGGGGAAGGAAGCCAGCAUUCAAAUGGACCGGCCCCGAGGACCUUCCCUCCUCUCAGGAUUUGAAGGUUGCUACAGCAAUGGCAACUGCAUCAGUGACCCGACCACUAGAGUCUCGUGCCUCCAUCGAUAACUGCACCAAAAACCUCUUCUGCUCACCGGGCUCCAAGCGAAGCUUCACCCGCCAUCACUCUUUGGUCAAACUGGCUAAGAGCAUAGAGAACGACCGCAGGAAGAUCAGCUCAGCCCCAUCCAGCCCUGUGAAGAUGUCCAGUGAAGCUGUAACUAGAGAGUUUUAUCCCAACAAAAUGGCCCACCUGGCAGCGAUCUGCAAAAUGCAGCUGGAUGAGCAGGCAAUGGAUGUUCAUAAGGAGACAGACCCUGAAGAAGGUCGAGUGGAGAGUACUGUUACACUGCCUGGAGGUGCUGCAGCCAUAUCUGUACUUGAAACUGGGCCCGCCUGUUCUAAAGCGGUUCCGGUUCUGUCCCCAGGGCUCAUUUCGUACCUCCCCUCUCCCGGCUCUCCCCUCAUACCUGUGCUGCUGCCUCAGCCCCAGGUGGGCCGAUCCUAUGCCCUCUACGUGCACCACGCCUCUGUCAAGCCCCACAUCUCCGCCAGGCCACCACCCACUAGCUUGGCAGUGCGUUCCAUGACAUUUGAAAGUCCCAGUGCAGCAAACACGAAAGCGUCACCCGUUACCUUGACAGGAGCAGGUCAGGCGACUCAGGUGUCGUCGCAAAGUCACAACCACGGCAGUCCCUCCCUAAAACGUCCAUGUGCAGAAAUGAGUUUGGAAGGAAGUCCCUCCAAGGUCAGACGGACUGAGGCAAACUCAAAGAACGCUUCCCCAAAGUUGGGUGAGAUCCUGCAAGCUCGUCUGAAGGCCCGCAGGGGAGCUCUGAUCUCAAGCCGUCCAUCCCCGAGAGCCCUGCACCUGGACCCUGAGUUUAGCAAGCCCCUGGAGAGGCAUCCUGGUGCAUCCAGCUGCCACAGCGCCCCACUGGAGCAUAGCCUGGAGACCUUCCUGGAGGGGGAGGAGAGGGGGCGGGUUGAGGCUGGAGAGGCCACACCUAUCUCCCUGCCGCCUGCUCACACAGACACGCACAAGAGCAGUCCGCCACUGCCGGAGGGAGCGGCCUCAGCUGGACAUAUACAUACAGAGACUUUGUUUCCUACAGGUUAUAUAAUUCCCCUCUUUAAGGACAGCUCCAGUGGAGAGACGCUCAAAGCCUCCACCCCCACCUACAACAUCUUUCACACUCCAACUGCAGGCUCCAGACCGCCCCCAUCCCAAGAGUUCACACCCACCAGCCUCCCCCUGCAUCGGGUCUCUCCUGUCUCUCCUUUCCCUGCCCAUGGGCAGCGGGCCCACAGCCCUAGCCCUGCCAUCCUCAACUUCACCCUGCGGAAUCUGGGGCUAAUCCCCCAUACGUCCACGCCCAGCGCCACCCCUCCAGAGCAGGGCAGCCCCGCUCCCUGCCCCCACCCAGGGCUUCCCCCACAGGGCAUGAUCUUCGUCAAGCCCAUGUCCCCGGCCGGACCGCUUCCUCCCGGCACGCUGCAUGCCCAGCCUCUCACUCUCAUCAGCAUCCAGCAGCCGCUCCUGACCACACCCAAAGGUGGUACCACCCUCCAGCACAGUUUCUUCCACACACCUGUCUCCUCCCUCCCCACCAUAGCUACACCCCCAGCACCCAGGAGCCUCUACAUCCCCCAGAGAAAGCUGGAAGUGAACUCGGAGGACAUCUAAAUUGUGUUUUACAUCCACAAUGAUGAACAUAUUUGUAGCAUUUAUCUGCUGUCAAGCCACUAUCUUCUGAGCCUUGUUUGCGUGUGCAUGCAUGCAUGCGAUCGAGUGAAUGUGCACAUGAGAGGUUUGUAUGAUUUUAUUUAACUAGUACUGUAGAUUUUUGCUUAAUCUUUAUUCCUCUGUUUUUCUGGGGUUUUCACUGUGCUUUUGGACUCUGUAUGGUAGACUGAGCCAGAGUACGUGUGGGUAUGGUGCUUUCCACUCAGAUAUGCCUCCAAAUAUAACCUGGUAUAGUUCUAUCCACCAGGCAGUGGUGGAGGGAUUUUACCCUCAACACACAUAAACCCAGGGCUUUGUAAUCCAAUAGACUUGACAUUUGAUGUGCAGACAUUCUUUUGUAAUGGAUUAGCUUUGUAAAUGUACAAAAUGCUGUAACAUGAUUUGUAUGGGGAUUUUAAAAGGAAAAAAAAACGUAUGGGUGUUUU